UAAACAGUUAAAUAACCAGAACGGCAAGAUCCCAAGAAAAAAGAAAACACAAAAACAAAGGCAGAAGAAACUCAUCAGACGAGUAAAGAAGUAUCGGUCUCGUCCUUUUGGUCGCACGUCUGAAUCAUCAUCAAAGACCUCUCUUUGUCCCCGUGACAGAUCCUUCUUAACCAAACGUCACCGACCCAUUUCUUUAAUUCCCCAAAUCUCCCUCCUGGGGUUCAACAAUUACGUUCCCAGGUUCGAGCUUUAUCUCUGGAUAGAAUCUGAAACAAUUGUAAAUUCGAAAAUUUGGUGUCUGUCUCCGCCAUUGUUUGCUUCGGAGAAAGCUUUUACAUUGAGAAUCUCCCGGAUUAUUACAUGUCGGAAAAUUCGGCUCCGGCUGGUUUUUCAGGUUGUGUAUCCUGGAGAUAAAUAUCUUUGGAACAAAGUAAGUAAGAGAGAGAGAGGGGAGAAAUAAAGAAAAAAAUGAGGAUGAUGAAGAACAAACACAACAAGAAACCAACGUUACUGCGUUGCUCACUGUUCUCUCUAGUAUCGACACUUGUGGGGUGUGUUUUCGUGAUUCAUCUAAUCAUGUUAUAUAGCAGAAAAUAUAGCGUAGAACCUGAAGUGUCUCCUCAGCUACUAAUCCACCAUCCCAUCGUCCGCGAGCUCGAACAAGUCGAGGAAGAGAACAUCCACAUGCCUCCUCCAAGGAAGCGUUCUGCGAGAGCGAUCAAACGCAAACCGAAAACACCGACCACUUUAAUCGAAGAGUUUCUCGACGAGAAUUCUCAGAUCCGACAUCUCUUCUUCCCCGACAUGAAAUCCGCUUUCGGUCCGGCCAAGGAUGCUAACGACACAUCGCAUUACUACUUCCCGGGGAGAAUCUGGACGGACACGGAAGGGAAUCCAAUCCAAGCACACGGUGGUGGCAUUCUGUAUGAUGAAAGAUCUCAAAUUUACUAUUGGUAUGGCGAAUAUAAAGACGGACCAACUUAUCAUUCUCACAAGAAAGGACCAGCUCGAGUUGAUAUAAUCGGUGUGGGAUGCUACUCGUCGAAAGAUUUAUGGACAUGGAAAAACGAAGGCGUCGUGUUAGCAGCCGAGGAAACAGACGAGACGCACGACUUGCACAAAUCCAACGUCCUCGAGCGGCCUAAAGUGAUAUACAAUUCAGAAACAGAGAAGUACGUGAUGUGGAUGCAUAUCGACGACGCGAACUACACGAAAGCCUCCGUUGGUGUAGCCAUAAGCGAUCACCCAACAGGUCCUUUCGAUUACUUAUACAGCAAACCGCCACACGGAUACGACAGCAGGGACAUGACGGUCUUCAAAGACGACGAUAACACCGCCUACUUGAUAUAUUCGUCGGAGGACAACAGCGUCCUGCACAUCGGCCCUCUAACCGAGAACUACCUCGACGUGAAGCCGGUCAUGAGGAGGAUCAUGGUGGGACAACACAGAGAAGCUCCCGCUAUCUUCAAGCACCAAAACACUUACUACAUGAUCACGUCGGGGUGCACCGGGUGGGCGCCGAACGAAGCGCUGGCUCAUGCCGCUGAGUCGAUGAUGGGGCCGUGGGAGACGCUGGGGAACCCGUGCGUCGGCGGGAACAAGAUAUUCCGGUCGACGACGUUUUUCGCGCAGAGCACGUUUGUGAUGCCUCUGCCUGGUGUUCCCGGCGCGUUUAUAUUCAUGGCGGAUAGGUGGAACCCGGCGGAUCUGAGGGAUUCGAGGUAUCUGUGGCUGCCGUUGAUUGUUGGUGGGCCGGCUGACCGGCCUCUUGAGUUUAACUUCGGGUUUCCGAUGUGGUCGAGGGUUUCUGUAUAUUGGCAUAGACAAUGGCGGUUGCCUUUAGGAGGAGGGAAGAAGAAGAUUGCUUAAGCUUUUAAGAGUCUUUCUUUAUUCACCUGUUUCUUCUUCUUCUUCUUCCUCUUGUCUGUUGUGUUGCUGCUCAUUGUUACUGUUGUUGUUGUGCUGCUUUGUUUUUGGUUACAUUACAGGUAGAGAGAAAGAGAGUUUUAUAGGCCAUUGUGAAUACAGAUCACUCUGUUUUACUGACAUUGUUCUGUUACUUUUCUAUUUAAGAGAAUCCGGUUUAAAUUCGGUUUUCAGUUAAAUUUUCCGGUUUAUAUUUUUCUUUCUUUGUUUAUGAAUAUUGAAACUGAAUAGAAGAAGCUAAAUUAUA